AACAGCCGCCGGAGCGCCGAGCCGAACGCAGCUCAGCCAGCGCAUCCAAUCUGCAGCCCGGGCUGGAGAAGGAGGAGGCGCCUCGUGACUGGGAAGCAUUGCGCGGCUGCCCGGGGUAGCAAGGGCGGUGGGGGGUGGGGUGGGGGGUGGCGGCCAGGACCAAUUAAUACCUCUGAGACACGCCCCUUUGCCUCCUGGGAUCUCUUCCUCCUCUCCCUAUAUAUUACACACACGCGCGCAACGCAAAAAAACCUGUGCUGUUUUUUUUAAUGGUGGGGGGUACUGUAUUUUCCUCUCCCCAUCCGGAGUUUAGCAGUAGAAAAGGUGGUUCAUUCCAGAUUUGCGCGCGCGUGUGGCAUCUAAGUGGAGGGAGAUCCGUGUCUGAAUGAAACAUUUUUUAAAAAAAAGAAAUCUAAACAGCAGGGAUUUAAACAUGAGGUAUUUUUUUUUUAUGAUGCUUUGCAGAAAUUUCCUCGUUUUCGUCCUGGGGCUUUUCCUGAAGUUCAGCGGCAGGGAUUGCUGAGACUUGGGGCAUAGCUUUGGAAAUGUCAUUCAAACGGGAGCCUUGUGAGUCUUUCUGGAAAUCAUAGCAACUCAACGGUAUCUGAAGAUAUUCCACACUCUUCCCUUAUUCUUUUUCUCCCCCCCCCCACUUUUUGGGGGGUAUCAUCAAAGAAACUACUGCGUUUCAUUUUUGUAGAGGACCUGCGACUGUUUGGAUUUAUUUAUUUAUUUUCCCUGCAAGGAAACUUGACAGAAAAGUAGAUUUAUUUCAAGUAAGUGUUUUUUGUUUGUUUUUUUCCACAGGCAAUUUGCUUUGGGUAACUUUAUUUCAUUUCAUGGUGGUGGUGGUUGUUUCCCUUUAAACACUGGUUGAGGGUCUUUAGUUGAAUGUGCUUUGCAUGAAUUUGCAUUAGAGGUGGCUCUGCUUAGUAAAUCACAUAUUGGAUGUCAGGGUUUUUUGGUUUUUUUUGUUUGGAAUGUGUGCCCAGCAGUCUCCUUCAUUCAUGUCCUAGUCUAUAGCAGCAUGUAGGAGGGCUGUGUGUGUGUGGAAAUGCACCUGACUUUGAAUAAGCAUCUGAUUUUCUUAUUUCAGAUGCAUUUCAACACAGAGGACGGAACGCCUCUGCAAAUACGCUUCAUAAUAAAUAUUACAUGUGGAAUACAGUACUGGCUGCAUUUUAAAUCCGGUUUCCACCGUGCAUCGCAAACUGAGGAGGGAAACACUGGGAAGGCGGAAAUACCUUUGAGACCCUGAGGACUCCCCCAUACCUCAACCAAUGGAACUGCAUAGAAUAAAACAACUGGAUUAUAUAUAAACACUGGCAUUUACAAUUACUGGCUGCUUUAUUUUUUGGGGGGCGGGAGGGGGGACACUCCAUCCGCUUCUGCAUAUAUUUUCCCCCUCCUUUCCCCUACUCCUUGCUAUAAAUGAUGGCUCAGACUGGGAUAAGAGGUUACGACACAAGAGAGAUAGUGCAGACGUACAUCCAUUACAAGCUGUCGCAGAAAGGAUAUGACUGGGUUGCCAGUGAAGACAGAGAAGACCUUCCUUCUCCUCCUCCUCCUCCAGAUCCUGCUGCUGCAGAGACCUUCCCUAACCUUGCUAGAAUGGCAUCUCAUCCUUCCGAGCUGCCUGUAAGUAACGUCGCCCCGGCUGAUGGACCGCACCCUGUGCCACAGGUUGUCCACGCGACUUUACGUCAAGCCGGGGAUGAGUUUUCGCGGCGUUACAGGAGGGACUUUGCUCAGAUGUCUGGACAGCUGCACUUGACCCCGGUCACUGCCAGAGCUCGCUUUGCGGCAGUUGUCGAAGAGCUCUUCCGAGACGGGGUGAACUGGGGGAGGAUUGUGGCGUUCUUUGAGUUUGGUGGCAUGAUGUGCGUGGAGAGCGUCAGCCGGGAGAUGUCGCCCCUUGUGGACAAUAUCACCGUGUGGAUGACUGACUACCUGAACAGGCACCUGGACAACUGGAUCCAAGACAAUGGAGGCUGGGUAUGUUUUUCUCUGUGUUUCCAUUUUCAAAUGCGUUUGUUUCCACUAUUUCAAUAUUACACCUUACCUAUGCGCUUGCAAUGGGGGUCAAAGCUAGCUUGCCUGGCUAGCUGUUUUCCAAGCGCCAGUAGAAUUCAUGGACUCCAGUACUUAAUUGUUUCUGGCAAUUUGCUCGUCCUGGUCCAAAAUGUGAUAACCGCUUACCAUAGACCUGCCAGGUGUUCAAUAGUAGAGGACCUACACUGUAUCAUUCCUAUCUCCAGUGCGCCAGACUUUAAAAGUCAGUUGCCGUGUUGAAAGUAGAUGUUUAAAAACUGAGGUGUUUCAGCAGUGAUAAAGUUCCCAUAAAUCUCUCUAGCCUGUCGGUGACUGUGUUGCACUUUUCUCUCUCAGGUUACAGUGAGAACUCCCCAUCUUGUUUCAAUCAAGGUUUAAUCGCUGAUGUCAUUCAUAGGUUGUGUGAAAUUUGCUGGUAAAAUGAGGUCACAGUUUAAGCAUGAGAGAGGAAAACUAAUGAUGAGGGGGAAGCUAAUUCACGUCAUGUGUGGCCUAUUUCUUGGUUGUGCUUGAAGAGGAAAAAUGCUACUGACACUGUAUUAUGACUACAUAGCACAGUGGAACCCUCAUUAUCUGCACCUUGUUUAUUUUAGACCAUGGCUUGCACAAGUGUGUGUGUGUAUGUGUUUGCAUGCGCGCCACAACCCUUGCAGGUACCCCUCACAACACUUCCAUUGUUUCUGUUUAUCUUUCUAUUUGGGAGAAAAAUGAAAUUCUACAUGGACGUCUUUGCAUGUGGCGCACAAUCAGGUUAAGCAGGUGACACUUGUAUUGAUGGGUAAAGUUUUUACAAGAAGUAAAGCAGAUAUAUUUACAUAUAUAUUUAUAGCAGCUGAUAUAACGAAAUAAGUUUUUUCUUUAUUUUCUUCUUAAAAAAAAUUCUCUAUAGCUCUUUGAAGGGGAAAGAAAAAAUGAACACCUUUUAGGAAAUCUGCAAAUAGGUUUCUUUUCACGACCAGUUCUUGGAAAGUGUAGGACUUUUGUUGUGAUUGAGUGUGGUUCUUAAAGAAAUUGAAAUCUGCAUAUAGAAAUUAGUGAUGGCAGAGAAAGUGGAAGUGUUCUGGAAGGGUGAACUCUGCCAUAUGAAGAUCAGAUGCUGCCUUUUCACCUGUCUUUAACAAUGUACCCUAAUCCUUUUCCGUCUCGAACAAGCAUCUCUGUGCACGUAAUUGUUUUAUGGAUCAGUUAACCAGUAUGUCUCAUCUUUUUGCAUCAUUAGAUUAAACCAGUGAUUCCCAACUGGUGGGUUGGGCUGCAGACACUAGUGAGGUGUCCUCAUGGUAGAAAGAAUGGAGUUGUAGACAAAGUAAAACUAGAAACACAGAGGUAAAGGAAGGGUAACUUUUGUGUAUGAGACUGAGACCAAAGGGUGGGCUUACUUUGUUUAUGAACUUACGCUUCAUAAAAAGUCAAGCCAUGUUAAUAGUAUAUACCUCCAUUUUCUGUUGUUGAGAGAGACAAAGAUAUAUGCUCUGCAAAUGUCUCCUAUUAUUAU